AGUGAUCAUAGUGAUUGACUAUUUGGUUGAUCUGUUUUUGAUUCGUGACUUGAUGAUUGUAAGGAAUUACCGGGUGAAUUAGUGUUUGAAUUUUCAAGAUCACUUUGACCUUUAUCUUGGUGGAACAAACUGUAUCUCGCAUUAUUUUGACAAUUUAUCAUGCUUUCACCUUUCUGUGUAUGAAACCUAUUAAAACUUGUACAGAAAAAUGCCAAAUCCCCGGGAAUUCGUUGGAGCUAGCUCAGGUUCUAGGAGAGGACGUCGUUCAUAUCCAAAGGUUGAAACUUUGAAUAAAGGAUUAAACUGUGAACCUAUAAUAUUUCAUCGUGAAUAUACUAAACGAAUUUUACCUCAGUCUUCAAGAGGUAAACCUAGAGGCAAAGCUGGUCGCCCUCGGAAAUAUAAAGUGGAGGUUUCAAAAAAUUACCAGGAUUCUCCACCUAUUUCUGAAACGUUGGAUUCAUUUGCUCGUUCUCCUAGUCUUUCAUCAGAUAAAACACCAUGUAAACGUCAACGCAGAUUGUCAAAAGAUGAUCCUAAUUCUAUUCCUCGUCUUACUAGUCAGAAGUCUGAUCGAUCGAGUAUCAAGAUCAAGUCAGAUGAAGCUGUCUACAAACUGUCAGUGUCUCAGUCUUCUGAACGAUCAAGUGAUGAUCAGUCUGUUAAAGUUAAAAAUUUUACAUGUCAUGAGUGUGGAAUGCAGUUUAAAACUAAAGGAAGAUUUGACAAACACAUACCUUGUCGCGUACAUAGAAAUUCUGAGUAUUUCCAGAAACCCCAUUUAAAGAGAGGCAGAAAAUCAUUGAAUUCAAAGUCAUUGAACAACAUUAAGCUUCCCUCUUGCUCAAUUCAGCGUAAAAAUAGUGACAGCGUGGAUCAAACCUCAUUACUUGUUCGUAUAAUUGGUAAACCUCUAAAACCAGACAAUUUCAUCACAUAUUUGAAUGACGAGUCAAACGAAGCAAAUGAUGCUAAUUUCUCACCUCGUAAACCAUCUAUUACGGGAAUUCUAAAAUUCCAUCUUUCGCCCAAUCAAACUAUUGAAUUUUUGGUUUGUGCAAAUAAAUUGGCUGUGAAACAGUGUAUUUCAGCAUUGGAUACCAAUUCACUGAUUGGUGAUGAUAGCACAGUAUUUGAUGGGAUGAAUAAUUGUAAUACAAAAGGAUAUUUAACAGAAUUAAACACUUCCUCAUCGUUACCACUCACUUCAUCAUCAUCUUAUCUGUCUACAGACUCUAUAUUAAUGCCAUCCUCCUCAUUAUCUUCAGUGAAUUCCGGUAAAGGGAAUCAAGAAGCUUACACAAAUUUAACAACUGUUUAUCAAAAAGAUUAUAUUUUUAACACACAUGAUAUAAAUAUGACAUCUAAUUCAUUAGAAUAUCAUGAUCGUAGUCAAGAUGAAUUACAGGCUGCACGAACCAUUCUAUCAUUAGCUCGUGGAAGUACUGAUGAUAUGGUUUUGAAUAUGGGACAAAUUAUGAUGGAAUUAGAUAAUGCACCAAAAGUGAAUAAUUCAUGUGAAAAGAGAGAUACGCCAUAUAAUACUGAUAUUAACAACACUAUAACGGAGUUGAAAACUCAAGGUGAUGAAAUCGCUGAACACCAUUCUCGUUGGAUGUCUAAACAAGAGAAUGAAACAAGUGAUAAGUCAGUGUCUAGUGUAUCAUCCACUGAACAUUCAGUUGGACCAAUCAGUAACUUAAAUGAAUUCUCAAAUACCGUAGUGGAAGAUAAGAUUUCGAAUGAUUUGAAUAAAUGUGUCUCAGGUGAUAACAUAACCACUACAACCAUUACCACCAACAACAAUAAUGUACCUCUUAGUCGCCAUACAGAUCAUUUAAUUGCUAUCCAACCUUCAAAGUUAUCAACUCAUUGUACUACAGAUGUUUGGAAUCCAAUCUCUACUUCACAGAAUAGUAGUAUUAAUAACAACAGUAAUAAUAAUACUAAUAAUAUUGUGGUACAGAGAAAAAUUCGUCCACCUCCUAAAAAAAGGCUUUCAACAAAUUAUACUCGGUCAAACUCGUCUCGUUCAUUUACAGACAAUACGAACUCGACUCCAAAACUUCAGGACAAUAUUAAUCAAACGAAGACUUCAUCUUCGAUCAACUGUGAACAAUUAACUGUUUCACAAUCUACCAAACAAGUUAUCAAUAUAUCAUCGAGUUACUCGUCUAUUUCAACGGAGCAAAUUGAUACGCAACUACCUAGUUUCCCUUCUACUUCAGGAAUCGGAUUACUUCCUACUCCUAUACAAUUUACUAAUGUUGUUUAUGGUAAUCCGAAUUUUAUUUCAUCACAAAAUACACCGUUAACUUCUUAUGUAUCAAACAUAGAUCCUAUUUCACAUCAAUCCAAUCCAAUGAAUGGAUUUACAAUGGUUUUUCCUUCACCUAGACCUAUUACACCUACACCAUCGACACUAAAUGGAUCUCAACCAUCUCCAAGUUUUUUCAUAUUACCUCAGUUAAUGGUUUUGCCUAGAUUUAUUGGUUCUUAUAUACCAAUGAUAACUGCACCAGAACCAUAUCCAUCUACAAUAAAUCCUAUUCAAAGUACGAAUUUGGCUGAAACACGACCAUCUACAUUUAUGACAAGUUCACUUGUAACACCUAUACCUACAGCUCAACCUGAAUUUUCAACAAAUCAUCCACCAGUUAAAACAAUCAUUCUUCAACCUCCUACAUCAACUAGUGUAUUUGGUGCUGAUAUAAACACUACAGUUUCUCAAUUAUCAGACGAUCAUCAAUCAAAGCCUGUUAAUAAUAAUACAUAUGAGGAUGUGAAGGAGACUAAUGGAUCCGACUCUAAUUUAAUAUUAUCACAUCAAUCAGAUACAUCAGUAAAUUCAGGAAAAGAUAAAUUAUUGCUACCACCAACAGUGAUUUCCAUUCCAAAUAGUCCAAGUUGUUCUAAAAAAUAUGAUAGUGCUAAAUGCGUAUGGAGCAGCGGUGGGUUUAACACGACUAAACCAAUUCCAAUAAGACCUGUACCCGAAGUUUCUAGAAUCAAAUCAAACAAUGCAUUAUCAACUGUACAAAAUAAAUCAUUACAAGACCAAUUUCAUACUGGAGCGGGACAAAACGCUUCGGAUCAAAAAAUGUUACCACUACUAGUUUCCAGUAAUGAUUUAACAAAUAAUUUCACUAAAUUAAAUCCUACUGUAACUACAUGUCUUGUCACCAGUACAUCUGCCAACAAUAUUAUUAUUCCUGCCAUUAAUUACAGUCAUUCUUCCUCUUCUUCUGCUUUCACUUCAUCCUUAUCUGGUAAUUUUAUUUCACCGAGCAAAAGUGUCGGUGUUGAAAUUUCAGUUGAUAGCAAACAAUCUCAUCAACAAGUUCAACACAACAAACUUGUUACAAUUUUACCAGCCAAUCAGCCCGACAGGAUCAAAUGUCAAUACCGACCAAUUCAUCAUAAAAGACGAAUAAAUUUUACAAAGCUCAACAAUCAUAAAAAAUAUUUAUCGAAUUCACUUAAUUCACAACGGUCUAACACUUCUAUACGUGGGAGAUAUCGUUGUCAAGAUAAUUCAUUGCAUACUACUAAAUCCUAUCACCAUUUGAAAAAACAUUGGCAUACACAUUCUAAUAUUCGACCGUUUGUUUGUCAUAACUGUGAUAUUUCUUUCAAAACACGCGGUAAUCUAAGCAAACAUAUGAAAUCUCGUUGUCAUCAUGACAGGUUUUUACGAGACUCAGGAUUCACCCAAGUUCCUUUAACGAGUAAUAGUUCUGUUACUCCUGUCGUUAAUCGAGAUUUCGAUCAUCAUUCUAGAGAAGUGCCUCGUGACUCAGAGAUUAAUAAAAAUAACAGUAUAUUUGAAGACCAUCAGAAUUAUCGUAAAUCAUCAAAUAUCUCUUCGGCAUCAUCAUCGUCAUUGUCCUCAUCGUGUAAAAGAAGAAACUUUUCAGGAGCAGUCAACAAUCGUUCAUUCCCUUUUGGUAGCAAAAGGAACCAAGUCAAAUCUUCAUUGUGUACUAAUUUUCAUGGAAUUACUUCUAAAUCAUUGUCAUCAACAUCAGCAACAACAACACCGACAUCAAUAUCAUCAUCAUCAUCAUUACCAGGAAUUAUGUCGUCUAAAGCUUCAACUUUACAGUCGAAUAUCACAUGCUCAAAUGUAGUGGAUUCAUCUAAUCGUAUUCCAGCUCCUAAUGUUAAUGCAGUUAAUUUAUCACAGGUGAUUUAUUAUUAUUUUAAUAAAAGGAUAAAUUAUUUUCGUCGUGUUUAUUUAUUCUACAGAUUUUACAUUAAAAAAACUUUUAUAAAACUCUCAUUAUUGCACAACAGAUGAAAAUUAUACAUUUUGUUCAAACUUCACCAUGAUUUCUUGUUAAAAAUUGGAUUAAUCAAAUAAUCUAAUAUGUAAUAUACUUGACAUGAAUUAAGUAAUUUUUUGGGAUAUAAUACUGCUUAAUGUUUGGUAGUGUUAUUUUUAGUAAUAACUAACAUUCAAAACUCAUAUAUACAUUUCGUUCUGUUUAAAAUUUGACAGUUGAUGUAUGCACUGAAACUUACAUUUUACCACUCAUGUCCUAAAAAAAGCUACUGAAUAUUGUUUAUCAGAGUGCUAAAUUGCAACAAUCUGUUUUUCCCAAUGAGUAUUGUUUGUAAAGUUAGUCUAAUAUACGAUUUUCUAAGUAAGACCAUGAAAAAUAUCGAUAUAUAAGUACAGAUAGUGAGUUAAACAACAAGCUAUUCAGGAUUUACCAAUGAAUUUAAGUGCUAAACCACAAGAACCAAUUGCUCUAAUAAAAUAUAUUGUUGAGCCAUCAGUUUAUACCAAAAUGAAUGGAAUUCAGUCGAAUCAUCUUAAUCAUUCAGAAAAUAUAUGUGAUAAACACGUUUCAAAUAAUUGUUUGUCAUCAGCUGAAGUAAUUGUUCAAACAGCUGUUGAAGCGGCUCGUAAUCUUGCUACAGAUAAACCAACUUUAAAACAAACAGAUAAAUUUAGUCAUUCUACACCAGAUUCAAAAAAUUCUGAAAGAAUACCCACUCCAGGAAAUUUAUCUGAUCAUGUAAAACCAAUCGAUGCUCAAGUGAUAAAUUUCAAUACAUCAGAUUUAGAAGAGCAAUAUUACUCUAAAGGAUUAUCCACUUCAACUCCAUGUUAUCAAGAAAAUGGUCGAAAUGAUAAAUCAUGUUCGCUUCCUUCUAGUAGCAGUAGUUGUACAACUUGUACAGAAGAUUCUUCUACAUCAGAAAAAUUAAAUAAGGAUAUGAAACAGAACAAUGUAAAAUCAUUAUAUACUUCAAAUAAACCAGAAUCUGAUGCACGACAAAGUCAUGGAGUUAAAUCUCACGCCUAUUUAAAGGAUCCACGCCCUUAUAAAUGUAAUAUGUGUCAUGUAGGUUUUCGUGUUAGUGGGCAUUUAUGUAAACAUUAUCGUUCUAAAUCACAUAUGUCAAAUAUUUUACAAAUGGCUCAAUUAUCAAAUAGUACAAUUGAACGUAUUUUACAAAGUCAUAUGGGCAAUCUUCAACUUAUUAAUCCAGAUACUGGUGAACUGAGUAUGCGAAUAUUAGAAAAAAUAAUUCCACCUUGUGAAUUUCCAGCAAUAACAACCGUUAAUUCAGGAACAAAUGGACAUAACUAAAAAUCUGCCCUAAUUGUAUCUGCUUUAACAAUUGUGAUUACAGUAUAAACUGUUUUUUGUACAUAUGAUCAAAAUUUUUAAAAUAAACAAUGAUACUUAUUUUUUGCG